AUGAAUCAUUCACAGCAAUCAAAACGAAAAUUCCCAUUUUCGGGACUGCAAAGGCGGGUGCGCGCCAGAAAAGACGAACCCGAGCCCGACUUUGCAGAAGACUACGAGAGCGAGUCGUCGCAAGACGGGAAUCAAGACGACGACGAUGACGCCUCAGACGACAGCCAAGACCAAGACGGAGCCUCGUUGUCGGGAUCUGCGAUGAAUGAGGACGGACAAUCUCAAGACGAGGACGACGAGGACGACAGCGACGACGGAGAACCCUCGAACCCCUCGCUAGCCGCCUCGCAAAUAUCUUUCGGCGCCCUCGCCAAGGCACAGGCAUCACUGCCCGCGGUCUCGAGGCGGAAACACAAGAAGCCGGGCGAUGAAGAAUCUGGAGACGACUCGGACUCGGACUCGUCCCCGGAAGAGUUUGACCGACACGGCAAGAGCAAGAUCAAGCCCGUGGCAGGACGAGCGCACAAGCACGCACCGGCCGAAAUGACGUCCAAGAAGCCCGUGACGCGGCGGAGGCAGGUCGUCGACGUGGCCAGCGCCAGCAAGCCGGCGGCGCGGGACCCGCGCUUCGGACCACCCCUCCACAGCACGGCCGCCGACGCCGAGCGCGCCCAGGACGCCCUGCGGCGCAACUAUGCCUUCCUGGGCUCGUACCGCGACUCGGAAAUGGCGGCGCUGCGGACGCGCAUCAAGAAGACCAAGGACCCCUUUGAGAAGCAGCGCCUGGAGCGCGAGCUCGCGAGCAUGCAGUCGCGCAAGCAGGCCCAGGAGCGCCGGGACGCCGAGCACCGCGUCAUUGACGAGCACCGCAAAAAGGAAAAGGAGCUGGUGCGCCAGGGCGUCAAGAGCCAGCCGUUUUACCUCAAGAAGAGCGAGCAGCGCAAGCGCGUCUUUACCGAGCGCUUCCAGGGCAUGAAGAAGCGGCAGGUCGACAAGGCCAUUGUGCGCCGUCGGAAGAAGGAUGUGGCCAAGGAGAGAAAGGAGUUGCCCAUGGAGAGACGAGCACGAUAG